AUGGCGACCCAAAUUCAAGUAUCAUCAGCCGCCGGUGAUCUCGAUCCGGGCCUGCUGCAGCAAGCCGUUCAGCUGGUCCGAUCGUCUCCCGCGACGUGGCAAUCGGCCCUCUUCAGCAACGCCCUGAUCUUCGUACUGGGCUCUCCGAUUCUGGUCACGGGCUUGUCUCUGUCCGGCAUAGCUGCGGCUUUCUUGCUCGGGACUCUUACGUGGCGAGCUUUUGGGUCUUCUGGGUUUCUUCUUGUGGCCGCGUAUUUUGUCAUUGGAACGGCAGCUACUAAGGUGAAAAUGGCUCAAAAGGAAGCUCAAGGUGUUGCCGAGAAAAGAAAAGGAAGACGGGGCCCGGGUAGCGUGAUUGGGUCGAGUGCUGCGGGCUGUGCUUGUGCCUUUCUCUCUAUAUAUGGUGUUGGUGAUGUGGCAUUUGCUCGACUGUGGGAGCUCGGUUUUGUAGCUAGUUUCUGUACUAAGCUGAGUGACACUGUCUCGAGUGAGAUAGGAAAGGCAUAUGGAAAAACAACGUACCUCGUCACGUCAUUUAAGAUUGUGCCAAGGGGGACUGAAGGGGCCGUUAGCUUCGAGGGAACUUUUGCAGGAUUUUUAGCUUCAAUUCUUCUUGCUUUCAUUGGUUGUUUUAUGGGCCAGCAGAUAAAUGUACCUGAAGCUGUCAUAUGUGUGAUCGCUUCCCAGAUUGCGAAUCUUGGAGAAAGUAUCAUAGGAGCUGAGCUUCAGGAGAAAGAUGGAUUCCGAUGGCUUAACAACGAUGUAGUCAAUGUAAUCAACAUAUCCAUGGGCAGCAUUUUAGCUGUCUUGAUGCAGCAAUUAAUGCUACAAAGCUGGCUUAGAUAG